AUGCAGAAUGACUCAUGCCUCGAGAAUCCUGACGCAACCUGGGUCUCCAAGAUGCGUGGCAUCCCAGGGAAGCAGAACACGAAUUUGCUUUCAGAGCUGGAGGACAUGCACCAGAGGCUACGUGAUCAGCUGCAGGGUCCAGUUUUCCACAUGCUCACUGAUUGGGCGAAGCUCGCCAGCAAGAAUAAAGGCAAGAAGUCCGGAAAGCUGGACAGCGACCAGACCAUGCAGAUAGCUUGCCGCACGCACGCCCACAUAUGUCUCACUUAUAAGAAUGUACCAGCCGAGAAAUUCACCGAGGACGACGUUGCGAUCUUUCUGUCAUCCCAAAUGUACGUCAACAUGAACCACAGGUGGUUCCGAGCGGUGCGGGAGGCAGAAAAGGAACAGCCUAAGCAAGACGGCCUGGGAAUCAGCGAGUUCGAGCUCUUCGACAUAUUCGAGGCCAGGCGCAGCCGGAUUGCGAGGUGGCUGCGCCAGAACAAGGGCCCUGUUACCAGCAAGGUAAUGAGGCGUGUGGCCAAGGUGGUAACCAUGGGCGUCACAAUACAUCAAGUAGACGACGACGACGUGGAGUGGGUUGAGAUUCCCACGGAGCCUGGCAACUACCAGCCCAAGGCGGGCAAUAACGAUUGGCGCAAGCCCCUUGUGAAGCGAGCCAACACUGCAGCAGCUCCAGAAGAAGAGGAGUACCAGGAGUGGCUGCUCCGGGUCACAGAGGCUACCAGGACUGGAACUGUGUCUGUCAACCUCGGCCGUUUUCUUGUGAGGGGGGGCGGCAUGCAGCUGCUCCCAGACUGGGCCCUCGACUCGGAGGACUACAUGACGGCCCUCGGAAAAACGGAGGUUCACGUGUCGGACAAGGAGAUCACGCGCUUCCGCCAGUGGAAGGCCCUCGAUGGCACCAGGCACGAGGUGGUGCGCUGGGAGCCCAUGGUGGACAGCCGGACGCGCGCGGGGGACGCCCAGACGCAGGCAGUGCUGCCGGUGUUCAGCAGCCUGGGGGGGCCUUCGGUGCAAAAGUACGACCCAGACGCGCUCGCCGAGGACCGGCGGUGGCUGGCCAACCUGCUGGAGCCUGUGCGUGCGCGCCUGGGUGCCCUGAAGGCCAUGGCGCUGUAUUACGACCCGAACAGAACGGAUCUGCGUGGCAAGGACCGAAUCGCACAUUUGGUCGGCGUGCACACGGAAAAGACACAGGAGAAGCAAGAAAAGAUGUUGGAGCAGAUCAAAGAGGUGGUCGUGCACAGCAACCCGCCCCUUGUGGAGGUCUACGACGUCUACGAGUUCGGUCGUCAAUACUACAGGAGCCUCGUGUUCACCUCCGACUGCAAGUGGUCGUUCCACACGCCCACUGCAGGUGCCGAGGGCUCCGCGCUCAUGCUCUACAAUGCAUCGAGCGCUGUGUGGACGAUGGGGGAGGGAAGGCCCGAAUCCAUCCGAGCGCCCGCUCCCAGCGUCCUGAUCUACAGGAGGACUCUGGAUGCCAUUGGCAGGCAGAUGUACGUACCGUCCAAGCUUCUGCAGGGACUGAUGCCGGACGCGCUGCUGGAGAGGUAUACGUUCUGGAGAUCGGAGACCUCAGGGAACGUUCUCAUCGGGGACGAGUCCAACAAGAAGGUAGAGGUGCCGACCAGGCUCACAGUCGUCAUUACCAGCGAUAACCAUGGCACGACCGCCACCAUCGAGCGCGUCACGCUCAAGGAGCCCACUGACAGGGCUUCACGCAGGUACGACCGCUGGGAAGUGGACACGCAGAAGCCGAAGGAGGUCCUCGUCAACCUGCGCAAGAGCACUGGCGACCUUGCCAUGCUGCUCGCGCGUGUGGAGAACGUUUCCCACAUCCUCGUGUGGGCCAACUCCUCGGGCAAGGUGUGCCGGGUGGAGUACCCGCGCAUCUGGGUCUCCUUCACGGAGAAGGGGGGGCGCCUGUUCUGCGACCAGCACAGCGGGUGCUGGCUCCUCACACGGGAGUGCCCCCACGAUGUCACCAAGCUCGUGGCCCAGUUCGGUGGGGGAACGCUGCUCCUGGAGGACGACAUGGGGGCCAUGAUGGUCCUCGCCUCCUCGGUGGCCGAGCCCGUGCGACCAGCCCUCGUGGGCAAAGGCAGCGGAGCCGUCGAGCGGCUGCUUCCCGGCCAGCUCGUGUUCAAGUGCGGGCAGGAGCGCUGGAUGCGGAACCUGGUGGGCGGCGCACGGCACCACUACUACCCCGUGCACCCCUCCGGGACGUUCCUCUUCACGCCGACGCUGGCCGCGGGCCUCUACCUGCUGAUCUGCCGCUUCAUCACCUGGCACUUCCCAGAGGUGGUGGCGCAGUCGGCGACGAUCUCGGAGGCUCUGACGCCCGAGGAGAAGCAGCUGUGGUCCCUGCUCGACCUGCUCGUGGCCGACUGCCACGCGGACGCCGUGGCCUGCCGCCUGAACCUCACGCUGGCAAUGGCGCCGUACGGGGCGGCCAUGGCCUGCCCGUGGCAGACCAAGGAGAAGUUCCGGCACCAGGUGCUCGAGUACUUGCGGAAGAGGCACUUCGUGUCCGCGGACUGUGCGCUGUCCCUGAAGGACGAGGUGCGCAUCCUGAACCUGCCUGGGAUGGGCCUGUCGGGCCUGGAGCUGGCCACGCGCAAGGCUGUGCUGGAGCAGCUGCUCGAGAAUGGCGGCGGCGACGCCGCUGUCCCGGCGGACCUGGGCCCGCUGCUGGACGACUACGGCUACGACAGGAUCAAGGACGACACUUGGACCGUAGACCGCGGGUACUUUGGCAAGAUUGCCGUCACUGCGUGGAUCGAGGGCAAGGGGGCCGUCUACCGGCGACCCCCGCAAGACGAGCUCUCGGGGAUAGAGGCCUUGCGCUACCUGAACGGCUUGGCCUCUGGCGUCAAUGCGCUCUGGGUGCCGAGUUUUCUUAUUCAAUUCGAAUUUACGAGCUCUUCACAGGCAGCGUCAAGUGCCAGAUCUUGGAUGGGGAUGAGUCCGUCGACAUCGCUUCGUGCUUCCUGCGGAUCGCGUCUCAAGGCGGAGAGACGGGCACCGAGCUGUCGGUCCUCCGGACGCUGGACCUGA